AUGAACACAAUCGAGUGGGACGAGCUUGAUGGACUCUCUACCGAUGGAGAAAACGAAGAAGAAGUUGCAAACUUUUGUUUCAUGGCGGAUGAGCAAGUGAGGGUUGCGAAGGCAGAGGAAUUCUUCCACUUGACUCAGGGGCAACUUACUUUGCAGCCAUACGUUGCGAAGUUCAUGGAGCUUUCUCGUUUUGCACCUUUUAUGGUUCCAGAUGAAUUCCAGAAGGCGAGAUGGUUUGAGAGGGGAUUGAAAUUGAGAAUCAACGAACAAGUGGUAGUCCUGAAGGUACAAAGCUUUUCAGAGCUGGUGGAUAGAGCCACCGUGGCAGAAUUGAGUCUGCAGAGGAGUGUAGAGAUGGCAGAGCGGAGGAAGAGGCCCAUGCCUCCCAGUUUUUCUGAUGAUAGCAGACAAGGCUCGUGGAAGAGGGACAGAUAUGUUGGGGGACAAAGAUCUGAUAGAGGUGAUCGAGGACACCAAAGCGAUUCAUCACCUCCCUAUUGUGCUUGUUGUAAGUUGAGACAUUGGGGAUAA